GGGAGAUUGGAGCUCACUUGGAUCUCUACUGGGCCUGUGUUUUCGAUCGUAGGUUGGUGUGCUUCCAAGGCCGAACUGAUCACGGUUGGCUUCACAGCAGGUUCAAAGAGAAGCUUUAUCGAAUGAACGCUGAUAGGGAUGUAAUGAUUGACCAUCUUUCUGACGAUUUGCACUGUGGUUGGUACAACAGCUCGUCAGGAUCUUACUGUCCGCAGGCUAAUGACAUCAGCCUCAGCUGAUCCCAUCAAUCGAUCAGCUGACCUAGCCACUGGCAAAUCGACCACAUCUUUCGCCCACUACGACUUAACGACAACAUCUUCAAACCCACGACACGUACACCGCACGAUGUCGGAUCCCUCUGCAAAUCCACGACCUAAGCCUGGAUCCCUGCGUGACCGCAUCGCGGCAUUCGAAACCAAGAAACCAGCAGACGGUGCACCCCCUCCUCCGCCACCUGGACGAUCUGGACCUCGCGCACAAUGGAAGCCACGUCCAGCUUCUCCUGAGGGUGAGGCGACGACGGGAAUCGGAGCUGCAGGAGCUGUGGGAGGGAGUGGAGGGGGCAUGAGCGUGAGCGACGCCAGGGAGAGUAUCACGAAGGCUGGUGGGAGUUUGAAGGAGCGCAUGGCCGCGCUGCAGGGUCGGGGAGCUUUCGGUGUUGUCCCAAGUCCUCCUGCAGAUAAAAAACCUGUCGUGUCUCCCCCGCCUUCCAAAGCUCCCGAAGAUGGAGCCGAGCAAGAAUCGGAGCAUCAGGCGCUGGAGGAUGAAAGGGCCCCACCUCCGCGAACGGCUGGAGACAAACCGACGCACACGGCGUCCGAUCCUAUACUCUCGCCAGCACUAUCGGACGCUUCAGAACCGCCGCCAGCACCCAUUCCUGACCCAGGAACGGAGGCUGAUGCCGACCCUGAAGAAGCAGAACGCGAGCGCCGCGCCGCACUCGCCGCCCGCAUGGCGCGUCUUGGGGGCUCGCGAGUUGGGAUGGGCCCACCUGUUUUCGCACCCCGUCCUCGGGCCCGCAAACGCGAUUCCCAAGGCCCUGGAUCCGAACUGGCUCUCCCUGAUACGGCCGCAUCGCCACCGACGCCCGCCUCGCCACCACUGCUUCCGCCUGCACCGCUUCCACCUGUACCGCUCUCCCCGCCGGCGCGAGACGUUCCAGCGAUCUCCGUGCCAGAACCUCAAACGCCGCCAGGGCAUGCACAGAGGGGUAGUCUGGUGGGAGAAGCGGAUAUCGUCAAGACCCCGACACCGGCUACUUCCUCGGCACGGGAGACCCUCAGUGCACGGGGUAUGCCAUCGCCGGUGGGCUCGGUCGGGAUCGGUGAAGGCGACAUUACGAGUGCGAUUGGCGGUGUGCGGGACGGCUUCAGUCCGGAUCACUCAUCUGCUUCGAUUGAGGUCGAUGAUGGGACUCAGCCGGAGGGGAGAUCAUUGGGUGACGAUGGAGUUGAAGAUGCCGAUCUUGCAGACACGCGCGAGCCGGUAGAAUCUCCUGAUGUGGACGUAGCUACGGAUAUUGCUUCAGGUAUGGACCGAGAACGACAUGAAGCGGUGGAGGAACAACCACCACCCCCUCCGCCUAGAAGGAUCUCAGUUCCUCCGCCUGCUCCCGUUAUUGCCGCUCCACCUCGUCGAACCUCGCUCCCGCCUCCACCGCCGGUUGUUUCCGAGCCUAUACAACCUACAGACUUAGUCUCAGCAGAGCAAGAGGAAGCGGACGUCGAUGAAGUAGACGAGAUCCCCCCGCCCCCUCCACCUCGUCGAACGUCAGUGCCGCCUCCACCGAGAGCGAUACCUGCUGUUCCCCAGACGGCCGGCUCCGCUGCUGACGAGGAGCCUCCCUCUCCACCUGCGCGUCGGAUCUCUGUCCCGCCACCGAAAAGGACGUCUGUGCCUCCUCCUCCGAGAGCGGUACCUGCUCCCCCGGAACCUACCCACGGCGAAGAUGAAAAACCGCCGUCUCCCCCGCCGCGUCGAAUCUCGGUUCCUGUUCCACCGCGCAGAACGUCCGUUCCGCCACCUCCGAGAGCGGUUCCUGCUGCACCAGAUGCCGAGGCUGUCAGCGACAGCCAGGAGUCAUACAUGAUGCUCGACGAGAAUGAAGUCGAUGACGACGCCGGGCGAGCAGAUUAUCCGACAGAGGAAGAGGAAGUGGGAGACGUCUUCGAAACGAUGGUGACAACUGGCAAAGGACGGCCGGCGCACUUGGAUCUCUUGCCGAAUGCCACAUCAUAUCGCGGGCCGGAUGGUUUGCUCUCGCCGAGUUCGAUUGUGUUUGAAGACCGGGCAGAAAGUGAAAUCGUGAGCGAGGAUGAAGGAGAUCCGAUCGACCCGGUAUUCCAUAGCCCUUCACGGCGCGGGUCGAUGGUGGAUCUGCGCUCUGCUGCUGCAGAAGAUGGCCCCGAGGACAAUGCACCACCACCGGUUUCACCUCGUGAAGAACGAGACACGGCUUCUCCUAGUUCAGGGCAAGGCAACGACGAGGAAGACAGCGAAGCAGCGCGGCGGCGGACGAUUGCCGAACGAAUGGCGAAGCUGGGAGGCAUCCGGUUCGGUGCUGCGCCUGUGCCGAGAGCCAGUCAUGCGGUUGCGCGGGAGGAGGAAGAGAAGAAGGCCGAGGAGGAGGACGAGAAUGAAGAGGAAGAGCGAGCCAGAAGGGCUCGAAUUGCAAAGAAGCUGGCUGGGAUGGGCGGAAUGCGAAUUGGGUAUGGGAUGGCGCCUGGUCCGGUUCCGACCGAGGAGGCGGAGAAUGCGGAGCCUGCGGAAGAUGCGCGUGGUAUCGAAGCCGACGAGGAGCCGGAUGUUUCGCCUCCAGCGCCCAGCAGGGCAAGUCUCCCGCCUGUGGCGGUGGAGCAGGUCAACGAAACCUCCCAUGACGAGGAGGAGAUUCCGCCUCCGAUUCCUAGCCGCAGUGGCCGCGCUGUUCCUGCGGUCGUUGUCCCGCCACAACCUGAGGCUGAGAUCGAUGAGGAGCACGAGGAACCAGAGCUUCCUCCUCCGAUACCCAGUCGGUCUCACCGCCCUCCGGUUCCUGCAACCCAACCGAACACGGUGGCAGAGACAGAUCCUACUAUCGAGCACGCGAGCCCAAGUGGCGAGAAACCGACCAGUCCAUCUUGGGAGCUUCCUUCGUUUGGCGGUGGGAUCGACACGACGUUCCCCGCCUUUACGGCUGGAUCGGCGGCGACAGCGUCAACCCCAUUACCGCGCCCACAGUCCAGCCAGCAACAUCCCACGCCUGCAUCGCCGCCUGUGUCGAUGACUGCGGACGAGCUAAUCGGUGUGUGGGGUCGUGUGGGCGUCCAUCUGUGCGAAGCGGCAACGCAGCUGUUUGAGCGCCAGACGGCUGGCGACGGGAACUUUGUGUCCUCCGCGCUGGGCAUGGUCCCGAAUGCGCGGAUUGGAAAUACGGAAAAGGGGUGGGGGUAUGUCGUCUACACGCAGUCGGCGGCGCACUCGGUGCAGCAAACCACAGAUGUCCUGCCAGGUGACAUUGCCGUGUUCUUCGACUGCCGGUUCAAAGGACACAAGGGCCUCGUCGGGUAUUCCGUGUCGAUUGGGGCUGGUGAACCGGCGGUUGGGAUCGUGUCUGAGUACAGUGCGAGUGGGAAGAAGCGCAAGGUGCGCGUUUUCCAUCAACCGGGGAAGAUUGAGGUGGGGAGCUUCAGGCUAGAGGACUUAAAGAGCGGAAUCGUGAAGUUUUAUCGUGUAUUGGAAGCGUAG